GGGCUUGGUACAGAGAGUGGCGAGAGGUCUUGCUGGCAAAGGGCUGGUGUGACGCUUUGCUUUGAGUGUCAGAGGGAAGGCUGCUGAAACUGCUCAUACAGGAGCUGCUGAACACUUGGAGGUCGGCCACGGUCACCUACACAGGAUUCAGAGCAAGACGACCAACUCAGGGAAAACAAAAACAACGGGAAGAAGACGAAGAAGAAGAAGAAGAAGAAGAAGAAGAAGAAGAAGAAGUCAGGACUGAGAGGGAGCAGGAGCCUGGUGCUGAGGCUGAGAAGAAGGCUGUGAAGCUGUCUGGGUGUGAGUGAACACCCUCUAGUGGAGCUGCUGACAAGCUGUCCUGCAGAGCUUCUGUCUGUUUCUCACCAUCAGCAUUUCCAGAGGUCUAUGGUCCAGCGUUGAGCAGAGACCAUGUGGUGUUUGGAGCUGCUCUUACCACUGCUGUUGAUCAUCAAUGAUGCCAGCUGCCAGUGGAAUGUUUGGGUACCUCGGGACAUCUCAGCCAUGACAAACUCCUGUGUGGUCAUCCCGUGCACCUUUAUGUAUCCGUCUGGUAUCAGGCCGUACCGUGGCAUUCACGGUAUCUGGUACUUUGGCCAGCCGUACCCUCAACUCUUCCCUCCUGUGGUCUUCAAAACACGCACAGACAUUGUGCACGAAAGCUACAAAGGCCGCACCAAACUGCUGGGUGACCUGCACCAGAGGAACUGCACUCUGCUCAUCAACAACAUCGGCACAGAGCACUCAGGGAGAUACUACUUUCGUGCUGACCUUGGUGGAGCCAACAUGUAUACAUUCCCAGACUAUGCUGAGCUCAAAGUUUUGGAUCAACCCAGCAUUGAUGUCCCAGAGGAGAUUGUCAGCGAUGAGAAUCUGGAACUGACAUGCUACGCUCCAGACAACUGCCCCGACAUGGCUCCAGAGAUCCAGUGGAUGUACACCGACUACCUGCCCGACCCAGAAUUCAGCUCUGACUACCUGGAGGAGAGUAACACAGCGGUACUCUCCAGCACCCUCACCUUUACACCCAGACCCAUGCACAAUGGGCAGCUCCUGGGCUGCAGGGUCUACUACCCCAACACCACUCUGGUCUAUGAGAGGCUCAUCUCUUUAGAUGUUAAGUAUGCUCCACGGUCUGUUUGGGUGAACGUGUCCUCAGAGGUGAUGGAGGGCAGUUCAGUGAUGCUGCAUUGCGAGGUGGACAGUAACCCUCCUUCCAGGAUCUCCUGGAUGUUUGGAGACGAUGAGCUUCUGUGGGACACGGCAUCCAACAUCUCCCUCUCACUCGACGAUGUGACAUCUGCGCAAGAGGGAAUCUACACCUGCGUCGGAGACAAUGGCUACGGCAUCAUGAACACUUCACUGUACCUGGCUGUCAAAUACCCUCCUCGAGAGCCUGUGGUAAAUGAGUCUAUGACCGUACAAGAGGGAACCUCACUGGCCCUGCACUGUAGCACCCAGGGCAGCCCGGCUCCAACCCUCACCUGGCUGAAGGACGGGGAGCUGGUGGGCACCAUCACCGCCGACGAGCUGUCAGUGUUGGAGAUUGUCGAGAUCACACCGCAGGGAGACGGGCAGUAUCGCUGCCUGGCUGAGAAUGAGCAUGGAAGAGCCAGCAGCUCCCUAAACAUCACUGUGGAGUAUGCCCCAGUCCUUCUGGAGGAGUCAAAGUGCACGGUGGUGAGGGAGGGCGUCCAGUGUGUCUGCAUGGCCACAGGAAACCCUGAACCCACCAUCGAGUUCUACCUGCCCGACCUGAACAUCACCAUCAAUGAAACAGACAACCGCUACAACUUCUACACGCACACAGACGGACACACCUCCACGGGUAUGAUUAAGAUGCGGGAGAAAGGUGAGCGCGUCGACAACGGCCCUGCAGUCAACGUCCACUGCAGCAUCUCCAACAUGUAUGGAAGAGAGAGCGUACACCUGGAGCUGCAGCAGGAGAAAAAGUACAUGAUGGCAGUUAUAGUUGGCACCAUUGGAGGAGUGGCGGUCAUAGCCUUCAUCAUUGCAGCAGUGAGAUACGUUGGCCACAACAACAAGAAAGAGAAUGGCAACCCUAGGCAGGACGUGGUCCUGGAGAACCCAGCUUUGUACUACAGCGCAGUCAAGAAGGACAAACAAAAUCUGAGGAAGAAAGUGCUUAAGACAGAGCUGUUGGGCUCAAAGUUUAACUCCAUUCUAGAGGAGACUACGGGAGAAGACGGGGAUUAUCAACCUGUGGGCUCUAUGGCAGGACUGGAGAGGCAAGAGCUGAAUUACGCUGCUCUGGAGUUUAUCGGGGCCAGGUCCAGGGAGGGGGCCUCAGGGAGGGGGGAUGACGGCAGCAACUACACGGAAAUCAAAGCCAAAUGAAUCGCGAUCCUUCCCUGAUCCCUCGGCUAUGCGAGACGCAGUGGCAACCCCACAUAUUCUGCCCCAUAAACUGUGUAAUAACCCCCUUUCCUCUACUGGAUUUCACCCUGCAUAUGAUGACUCCUCUUCUCUCACUUCCUCAGAUUUGUCAUAUACAGUAUAAUGUACCACUCGAUGCCAGUACUCCCCCCUCAUGCUGCCCCUCCUCCAUGGGACGCCCCUUCACAGCCAUCAUUUGGAAAAACUAGUACUUUUUGGGUCAGAGCAUGACCCACUGGACAAUGUAAAGGAAAUUAUUUAAAUUUCUAGACUCAUUUGUGCAGUGUUAACCAGCGACCAUGUUUUUGUUGCUUCCAUUGUGGUUGUUCAUGUUGUUGUCAAACAGGCAUCUGAGUGCUCGCAUUCAUCAUACUAUUUGCUCUACAUCUGUCUCUUAACUGUCACUGUGUCUGCUGCCAGUCGAAGCAUCAGGGCAAGGAGUAACUGCGCUUUUUGUUCUCUUAUAUGUAUGUGUGUCUAUCAACUGAGAGCAAAACUCUCCUCUCUUUCCUUUGGUUAAUUACAUCCCAAGACGAUAACCGACUGAGACCGAGAGAUGGAAACACAUCUCAGCAACUUGUUUCUACAUAAUUGUAUUUAAUGUGUGCUGUGACACGGUAGGCUCUCAUAAUAAAUGAAAAAAAGAAAAGUCAUCAUCACUUUUGAUAAUAACUGAAGAGGUUUUGUAAAUUCAAGUGGUACACUGUCCAGUUCUGAAAAAUGUCACAGCUUCUUCCCAGCAUUUUUCCAGUUAACUGUAGAAUGUGUUGAGAUUUUUGGGAAUUUCUUGCACUGUGGCCAAGGCAAAAUGUCUGUCUCAUCUUAUACUUCUUCUCCUUUAAGAAUGGUUUCUAGCUCUCUGAUUGAUCCGGAAAAUACAGACCUAAAGCACAACAUAUUUGCGUGCGAGUGGCCAAAGUGUUAUCUCUUUUAGACAAUGUGUGUGUGUAUGCGUGCGUGUGUUCAAAUCGUGCUGAAAGAUCAUAGGACACUGAUCACUGGGGUAUAUGGGAAGUUCGGGCAUCACUUCACAUGAGAAGUUGAUGCUUUAUUCUCACAGGGUUGCAUCAGAUGUUUGAAUGACAAGAAGUGAUGCUGACUAGCCAGUUGGUUGUGCUAUUCAAAGACAUUUGAUCAACCUGUGAGGUAAUAUCAAAGCGCACUAAUAGUCUAACUUGAUAAUGAUGGUGUCAAUAAUAUAUAUUAAUAAGAUGUAUAUUGAAAGGGAAAGGGAUGCCAGUAUGUACAGUAAAUACCCUGCAUGACUGUUUUAUCAGCAGGUAUUAAAUUGUGGAUAAAAGCCAGUGUGGGAAGUAAAAACAGUCUUGUCACACAUCAUUCAAACAUUUUUGACUGAACACUGUCUUAAUAUGAGCUUAGUGAAUAGUACCAGCCUCUAACUACUGUAGUGUGCACUGUUUGACUACAAAUCAGAGGCUAUGUUUACGUGCACGGAGUAACCUUGUUAUUGACUUUGCCUGCAGUUGAUUUAAAGUAUAAACCUGCUGUGUUAAUUGAUCUUCUAUCAAUCACUGAAUGGCAACUCCAGCAGUUUGUUCACGUCCAUUAAAUUGGGUGACUCUCAAGGGACAUAUUUAAAAAAGAAUGGUCAAAAUCAAAGCAGCAGAGGCCAAGUUGUCCUAACCUUUAGUCAAUUUGCAAACCUACUGGAUCCUACAUUACCCACAAUGCAACCAAUAGCAUAUUUUUGUUGGACCCUCCUUGCCUGGUAAGCACCCAUAUCUGUCAAACUCUGUCUUGCAGUCUCCGAGCUCUCCAAGGUUGCGAUAACCCUGAUGAUGUCUCAGAUCUUACAAAGCAUGUUGUAAGAGGACAUUAUACAACUGGUUUCACAGUCUACUGCCCAUGAUAAUUACCUGACCUUUAUGCCACUAAGUCAGUGUAGUUCCCCUUUUAGAACCUCAACCCACUUAUGAAGCCACUAAUGUGCUUCUUCCACUUCUCUCCACUUUGCAUCACAUCUCUCCAGUCAUACACCUUCGUUUCUCUCAGAUGUGCUUAAAAAUAACCCUGAAACACUGCAUCCUUAACUGACUUAUUUUAAAAAGACAACAAGAAUUGAUUGAUUCUCAUUAUUAACAGGUCAGUAAUCACUGUCCUUCAAUUAAAUAUGUAGUGAAAAUGCAAAUUAAUAUUGAUGGUGAGUUGUAUGUUGGAUUGUUUUAACAAUGUAAGUCAUGUUAAGCAAUUUUGUUGUCUAAAUGAAUCAUUUAAAACAAUUACAUUUGACUUUCCAAAAUCAGUGUGUUGAACAUCAAAUGUGCAACUUGUGUUCUUCUCCUAAACAGACUUUGCUUCACUGAUGUACUGAUGUUGACAGAAGUCUCAAGUGGAAAGUAAAAUCUAGCUAGAGAUCUCUUCUGAAGCUUGAAAUUACUUUUGAUUCACAUGCUCUGGCCUUAAAGGCUUUAUAAAUGUAUGUUAUAAAACAAUGCCGUGCUCUGGCAGUCUCAUUUAAAAUGAUGGAUUAGGUUCAUCAAGCCAGCAGCAUGUCUCUUUGUUCCUAAUUGGUUUCACAAUCAGUAGGAUUACAAAAUACAGAACAGGCUUCUGACUGCUAACUGCUAACUCUAUAUAUGGGUAGAUUGUUCAGCAGUGGCAAUAUGAAAACAACAAAAUUACACUAUGAGGAGUACUUCUGUUUGAGCUGUUCACAUUAACCCAAAUAAAUCCCUCUCUGCCAAAACCCCAGUUGAAUAAAGCAUGUUGAUAAGGGUUCAGGUUGCUUCUGACAUAAGAACAAUGAUACAGAUCAUACAUAGGAUGAUUUUCUGAGACCAAAACAUACCCAUUAUGCUGUGCUGUGCAGGUCUGAGUGGGUAAACUGCAUUUAAAAGAUCUUGCUGACCAGUGGAGGUUUAACAAAGUCAUACACUGAUCUAUUCUUUUAUUUGCAUCUGAGUGAAGGCAUUACUAUCUCUAUUUCAGUCGUCACAUAACAGUUGAGUUGCCUCAUGUUUUCUACUCUUAAACUUCUUUUUGCCUUUUAAUUGGCACAACAUUUUCAUAAAGAAUACCUUAGUCUUAUUCUGCCUCUCGUCAUGUUAAACAUGUAGAGUGUAGACAAAUAAGCUUCACUUACUUUGUGUUUAAUAUAAAAAUAUAAAAAUAUAAGCAGGUCUACAAAAUGUAUUGGUACCUAAUACAAAAAGCUUAGUACUGGGGGGUUUUGAGUGUUGUUUACACACCUUAAAACAGGUCAAAAAUGUAGUUCUCUGUGCAUGUAAACCAGAUAUUCUUACUCACAUUAUCCUCUUAUUAGGACACUGUUCUGUCAAUUUCAUGAUGGGAGGGUUCAAGAUAUGCUGGCUAGCAUUCUUAAAUUUCCUGUAUGCACAAAGUCAAUAACCAGUUCCUGUCUUUGAACGCCUCAUGGGGAUUUUUUAUUUUUUAUUUAAUUUCUUUUCAAAGUGGAAAUAUCAAAUAUGUCUUACCUAAUCUUUUGUCAUAGUGUGUUGUAAAGCAAAUUUGUAUGUUCUAUACUUUGUGGUGAUCAUAAUUAUUAUUUGUUUUCUACAUGAUUGACACAGUAAUUCAGAUCAGGGUUUUGCAAUCUCUCUGCAAAUUAGCACUGUUACUUAAUGAAAGUAGGAUUUCUGCAAUGAUGUAGUUUGCUUGCUCUUUUAUUUUCUUUCAUGCCUCAAGCAAAUUCAUCUGUCUUCAGUUCCACGCAAACAUAAAUAAAAUAAAAGCAACA